GACAUUCUUUGCUGGCAAUUGGCAUUUUGUGGGUGCUUUUUAUUUUUUGUAAUAAAAUUAAUAACAUUUCUAAUAAGUAAAAUACUGUAUUUAGCAUUAAAAAUGCUAAAGCCGAAAGCUUUGACGCAAGUUUUGAGCCAAGCAAAUACUGGUGGAGUGGAAAAUACGCUUUUACUGAAUCACCAAGGAGCAUUGUUGGCAUAUUCUGGCUACAACGAUAAAGACGCAAGAGUCACAGCUGCCAUUGCAAGUAAUGUUUGGUCAGCCUACGAGAAAAAUGGUAGAAAUGUAUUCAAGGAAGAUAAACUGCACUUAAUAUUAGUAGAUUGUUUAAAUGGUAAAAUAGCAGUUACUCAAGUAGCUAAUUUACUGUUAUGUUUAUAUGCAAAAGAAACUGUAGGCUUUGGAAUUCUCAAAGAAAAAAUAAAUGCAAUUGCUCAGUACUUGGAAGGUCCAUUAAAACAAGUUGCUAGUUCAUAAUAUUAUGUAUAUUUCAAUUAUAUUUCUUUGGUACCUUGACAUAUUCAGAUAUUGCUAGUGUAUUGUCUAUAUUGAAUGCAAGAUACUAUUUUUAGUGUAAUGUCUACUGUCUUUCUUUUCACUCCAAACAGUAUGUGAAUGUGUUAAUGUGCCAAGAAAAUAAAUAAACAAAUAGUAUCAAUGUUAUAUAAAUAAAUAUUCUUUUUUGAUAGUAUAUAAUAAAUAUAAAGUAAAUAAUAAUUAUUAAUUUAAGAUAUUAAAAAUUUAUAAUGUCCA